AUGUAUAACCGUAUGUGGGGUUCAACAGUACAGAUCAAUCGUUUAAAUUACUUUCUUAAUGAUAUAGAUUUGACAAAAACAUUAUUAUCUAAUGAACAAUCGCAAUACAGAUUUCUAGAACUUAAUCCAAUGAUCAGUUUAAUAAUGAGUGACACACCACAACCGGAAAAUAUCAAUGUUCAACCAGAUAAUAUUUUUCAGUUUAUCGACCAAACAAGUAUUUGGUUUAAAUGGCUGAAUAAAUUUAUUGAUAAAUUUCUUCCUAUUGUUGAAUGGUUAAUAUCUUAUAAUCCUAAUGAUGCCAAUCACUUAUUAUAUAUUAUAAAAGAAGCACAGAGUCAAGAUGCACAAUUGUUAUUUGUUUAUUUAACUGUUGAAAAAAUAAUUAAAUUUCUAAAACCAUUUGCACAAUUACCUCGUAUUUGUCAUUUAUUUUCUGGUUUAUCAUCGAUUAAUAUUACACAACAGGGUGAAAUAAAUAACAAAAUAAAAGCAAAAGAUUUUAUUCGAGAAUUGAGACAAAAUUUUUCACAAAACACAUUUACUGUUGAUUCAAAUAAAUUGGGUGACAACUUUGUGCAAAUGGUAAAAGAUCGUCAAGUCGUUCAAUGGUCAUUAGCUUGUGAAAAAGCAGCUUGUCAUGUUGAGAUAAUAUUGAAUGAUGAAAUUAUAUGUAAAAAUGAAAAAGCUCAAAUUGAUUUACAUGUGAUAUCAGGUGAAUUUGAAGUAGAAAAAGGUGGCAGUUUAAGAAUCAAAAUAGAUAACUCAAAUAGUAAAAGUUCAAGAAUUUUAUGGUAUCGAAUAAAAACAUUUAAUUUAUCAUCAUGUUUUCUAUUUGUUGGUAUAUUCAAUAUGUUUUAUAAAAAUUAUUUUAAUAAAGCUCAACCAUGGGCAAAUCAAAUUAACAAAAUAGAACAACAAGUAUUUAAAUUUAUUGAUAAAUUAUUCACUGGUGAUGUUAGUCUAAGAGAAAUGUCUGAUUUAAAAGCAAUAUUUUAUAAUAACAAUAUAAAUAUAAAAAAUGAAGCCAAAAAACUAUUUUCAUUUAGUGCUACAAAUGAAAAAGAUAUGGCCGAUGAACAAAAAAUUGAUCAAGUAUGCGAAUGGUUACAAAUAUAUCAAUGUCUGAGCCAUUUAACAACAAUUACGCAAUGUAUGCAAAUGUUUGCCAUUAUUAGUGAUGAUGAUAAUAAUCGUUUAAAAACGUUAGUUGAUGAUAAUGAUAAUAGUCGUUUAAAAGAUAUUGCCGAAUCAUAUAAAAUAUUGACACAACAAUUUCGUGGUUUAAAUAGUGGACAUUUAGAACUAAUUAAAUUAGUUACAUUAGAAUGUUCAGCAGUUAUUCAAAUGUUAGAAAAAUAUAAUUUAUAUUCAAACAAUGGUCGACGACGAUUUCAAGGAUUAAGAGAUAAUUUAACGACUAUGUUUCAAUUACAAGAAAAAAAUAAUAUGAUAUUAAAUGCACUAAUCAUGUCGGUAUCAAUAUGUGAACCAUUUAUAUUGAAAGCGAAAAAUUUAGAAGAAUUUGUUCAAAAAUUAUCCAAAUUACAUAAUCUUGAUGAAUCGUUACAACAGCUACGCAUUGUGAAUGACAAUAUACAAUUGGUAAAUAUGUGGCUGUCAAUGGAUGAAAGUACAACAUUGGACAAUGCUCUCAUAACGAUGGAACAUCUUUAUAAAACUGGCACAGUUCAUAUUUACUUGCAACGAUUGAUAAACCAACAGUCCCGUGUUGAAAUUAAAUAUUAUAUUGAAAAAAGGCGAAAUACGAAUCCAAACGAUGAUAACAAUGUUGAUGGGAAACAAGAGAAAAAUGAAGAAAAACUGGAAGUCAUAAUGACAAUGUCAGAUAUAUAUGAGCACAAACGCCAAUUGACGUUCUCCAAUGUUGAUUUAACUGAUAAUAUGUUACACAAAAGAUUGUUAUUAAAUGAACAAUUGAAAGUACUGAAUGUUGUGGAAAAAAUCUAUUCAAUUUUAUCAAAAGCAGAAACAUCUGGUCAUCCUGUAUAUCAGUUGAAAAAUGAAAAAUAUGAGAUCUAUGAUCGAACAGGUAAACUUAAUUCAAUCUUAACAAAAUUACAGAUUAAUGAUCCGUCGGCAACGAAUCAACAAUUAGAAUUAUGUCUUAGAGCUCGUACGGAAAAUUUAUCAUCCAUAUGUCGGGCUUUAGAAAUAAUGCAAGAAACUUGGUUGAAUGUAUUAGAACAACAUCGUAAUGAAUGUCAAUGGUUAAAACUUUAUUCAAAUCGUCAGAUAAUGAUACUAUUAAUAUUGCUUUCAUCGUCAUCGACGCAAAAUCAGAUAAAAACAAAUUUUUUGAACAAUUUAUAUAACAAUAAAAGUUCGAAAUCGAUAAAUGAACAAACUAUACUAAGCUUAACUAUUGAAUAUUUAAAACAUUAUUUGAAUUCAUUAAGAAUAGCUAAUUGUGAUUUAUCGACAAAUAAUUUAUUACAUCUAUUAAAAGAGAAUUCUUCACAACAUAAUAACGAUGAUGUGGAACAAUGUUUGUCUCAACUUAGCCACUUUUUAAAUAAAAUAUUUCACAAUUGUAAGCAGUUAGUGCUACCACCAAUCACAUCUAAGAAAAAUCAAGCUAUUACAACGACUAAUGAUUGGCAACAACAGGAAAAUCAACAAUAUUUGGUCAAAUUAUGCACUGUAACAACGGCUACAACAAGAACGACAUAUGAUUUUGAUAUGGAAACAUUGUGUACAUUAUUGAGUAUUUUCAAUGAUGAACUACCUUCUGCUCAUCAAAUAUUAUGGUGCUCGAUAGCAACUGAAGAUGACAUUCAACUAUUUUUCUCAAGAAUUCGAACCUAUGCACAUUUGAAAUUUGUUCUUCUCGAUAUUGACAAAAUGAAUCAUCGUCUACGUGAACUGUUAUUUACUGAGCAUGUUUCAUUGGCUAAUCAGACAGAUGUGUCUCAUGGUGAAGUCUAUUAUUUUUCUAGAGAAUUAACAUGCAGAAGAGGAAUGAAACCAUGGAUGCCUUCACGAAAUUUAAAUGCAAAUGUUAUUCGUUCACAACUGAUUACAAAUUGCAAACAGUUGAAUUAUACACCACCACCAAUUCACAUUGUUCUUGGGACAGCAGGAAUUGGCAAAACUCAUCGUAUUUUUACCAAGUAUAAAACGGAAAAUCCAAUCUGUAUUAGUAUAAACGAUAAAAUUAAUUUAUCAACAUUAAUAGCAACAUUUUUAUCAUUAAAUAGCGUCAUUAGAAAUAAUACAGAUAAAAUUCAAACGGUUUAUUUCAAUAUAUCUAUUAAUGCACCAUUUGCAGAAUUGAAUCGUUUUUUAUUUGGAUUAUUUAUAUCUGGAACAUUAAUUGAUUUGUCCAGCGGCCUCACAUUUUCAUUAACAGACAGUAAAAGAUGGCAAUUCAUUAUAGAAGUACCGUAUUUAGAAAAAUUAAAUACAAAAGUUGAAGAAAAUUUUGAUUAUUUGCUUCCAUUAUUAUCAAUAUGUCCACAUAGUUCUGAAGAGGUAACAGCAAAAAAUUAUGAAUUAUUUAUCGGUGAUAAUGAAGAAUUGAUUGCACGCUUUUUAAAAGCCUUUGAUGAUAAAUCAAUUGAUCGUACAUUAACAAUAAACAUGGUUGAUGGAACUGAAAUACCAGUAGAAUUUCCUCGCUUGCAAGAUGAUGUUCAAUGUCGUUUUCAUAUACAUCGAAUGUUGGAUCAUUAUGCACCAGAAAUUAGACAAAAUAAAAUAUUUGAAUUAUCAUUUACAAAAUUCUUGUAUCGUCGAAUUCGCUUCUUUACGGGCCCAUAUUAUACAUUGAAUCAAAUAAUCAGUAAUUUGGGCUCAAUAGUUAUGGAACAAAUGAUUGAAGAAUCUAAAAAUCUUGUUAAGAUUGAUUUUUCAAAUGAACAUUUUCCUAAAGUUUAUCUUGUCUAUGAUUCUGGUUUUUCAUUACAAUUAUUACAUACUAAAUGGGAGGAUGUACCGCACGAAUUGAAACGUCUAAUGAAGAAGAAAGAUCGUUUAAAGGAUCUAGAAUUUAAGAAUAGAGAUCCGUUUAUACGAUGUUUAUCGUGGUUAAUUAAUAUACCUUAUUCAGAAUUCGAAUCAAUAAUCAAUGAAACAAAAUUUGUGUUAACCGAAAGUUUUGCAUAUAAACUUUUUCAUGUUCAUGAGAGGAAAUUAACAAAACUGCCACUCAUUAUUGAAGGAGACACAGGUGUCGGCAAAACAUUUUUACUAAAAUUUUAUUCAAUGUUAUUAAAUUCAAAAUUGAAAUUUGAUCGUGAACUUGAUAUAGCACCACGAAUAUUAGAAAAAACAAGUUUGUGGCUGUAUUGUAAUAUUCUUAAGAAAACAAUUGAGCCUGAAGGUGUUUUAUUAGAAGAGUUUUUAAAAAAGAUAAAACCAAUAUUAGAAAAUCAACAUCAUAAUCCUGUAGAGAAUGAUGAUGAUAACGAAUGGAAAUCGGACAAUGAUGAUCUCCACGAUCGUUUAUUUUUACAUCGUAUUCAACCACAACAACCAUUAACAACCGUAUCAUCUUUUAUUCUACCAAAAGAAUCAAUGGAUACUGAAUUAUUAGAAGAAAUAAAAUUUUCAUUACUAAAUGGCACUUAUACCUUUAAAAUAUUAAGACAAAUAUGGAAAACAUUAAUGACAAUUGCCAAUAUUCAUAAUGAAAUGUAUGAACAAAGACUUAUUAUCGAAUUAAAUGAUUAUAUUAAAUCUCAAUUGCAAACAUUACAUUUAUUGGAUCCAAGCGUUCAUUUACCACAACUACUCAAGGAAACAAAAUUACAACCUAUGGUAAGAUCUAUCAAAUUAUUUAAUGAAUAUACAUAUACACAAGCAAAGCCAUUGUUUUAUCGUCUAUUACUGCAUCCCGGUGUGACAGAAGAACAGUUGAAAGAUUUUAUGGUAAGUAACAGUAUGAACGUGUAAAAAAUGCUUGAUUCCUGUUGUUCUGCUCGCUCGCCAUCUACAACAAGAAAUCAUGCGAUCGCACUAGGGUAGGAGUGGCACUUCAUUAGCGCAAAAUCGACUUUUUAUACGGAAGACAGAAUCGGUUCAAAUUUUUUUUUUGAAGAGCUUAUUAUAUGAAUCGACGGUCAGCAAAGUAUCUCUUGAUUCAAAUCACUUUUCGCAUUUUGGCGCGAAUAGUGGCGCCAC